AAAUUGAGAAAAAAUGAUUCCCCUGCCCGCAGCCGAUGAACAGAGACACCGCACAAAAAGAUAGAGCAAGUCUGUUCGACAGACAGACAGAAAGAGAAGAAAACUGACACAAUAGCGUGGGUCAGCAUGACCGAAUAAUCAUCAAUUCCUUGGUAACGUAAAAAGAAGAAUCAAGAUUUUUAGAAUCACUUCAAGUUGUCCUUGUUUAGAGGAAAGACUUCAUAUGACUGCACAAAACUAUUCACAUUGAAAGGAGCAAACCGAGACAACAGUGAAAGUAGCCGAGAUGGGAGAAAUGAAAUGUCCGAAAGGGAGUUAUUUGGAUGUCAAAUGUAAUGGCAUAUCAAAUCCAGUGUGUAAAACCUGCCCACGUCAUACAUUUACUGAUGAGGAAAAUAACAUGAAGGAGUGUCGAGCCUGCAGGGAGUGCACCAGCAACAGUAACUUGGAGUUGGUAAAGGAGUGUGCGGCAGACAAAAACACGGAGUGUAAGUGUAAGCCUAGAUACUACUGUCCACAUGCAGUGAGCGAUUCCCACUGCGAUCACUGCAGUCCUGUCUCCACAUGUCUUCCAGGAAAAGGGGUCACUCAUCAGUACACGUUCCAGAGAGACACUGUGUGCAAACCCUGUCCUGAGGGAACCUACAGUGAUGUGGAGGACCACAUUUCCAGCUGCAAAAAUCAUACAAGUUGUGAAGAUUUAGGUCGAAAAAUAGAGGUUGCUGGGACCAGCACAUCAGAUGUUGUGUGUGGACCUAUUCAAACAGGUACUAUAUCUUGUUCUUGGGUAUUACCUGCUAGCCUGUGGGCAGGGAUCAUUGUUACUGCCUUAAUUGUAUUUCUGGUCCUGUUUAUAAUGUAUUGGAGAAACAAACAUCACUCAAAAAGAUCAGAGAUUUCCUCAAACCCCAUCUUGCCAAUGCUUCCUCCAGACAUCCUGAAACACCCAGCAGACUUUGACAUGGAGAUAUGUGCAGAAUGUGACAAACAUAAAGCUGACAAUUACACAGACAUGGACAGUGGCAUAACGUGUAAAGGAGAUAUGCCAAUGAUGAUGUCUGCAAAAUACAGCCAAUCAACUGCUGAAAAGGAAUAUACAGAAAGAAGGCAUGACUCCCUUUAUCCGUCACAGCCACAGGAGUCUGAAUGGAACGAUGAACUUUGACAUGUUAACUCCAUAUUAUUAACCUGACAAAUAUGUAGUGAAGAAUAGUGUGUAUAUAACAAAAAUCUAACGUGUGUUUUUAUCUAUCAGUGUAGAAGCUUUACUCCUGUUCUGGUAGAAUGUGUGUAACUAGAUUUUAUUUUUCACAGUAAGAAUACAUCUAAUAGGCCUACUGUACAUUCUACAAUAUUGAUUAAUGAAGAUGAAUGAAAAACUUAAUAUUGUCUUUAGUUUAGAGUUCUUGUUUUUUUUUUCAGAUGUUUCAUUACAUUUUAAUAAAAAUGUUGUAUUUGUGGGAUUCAAAUAUGUA